ACAUACUAUUACCGGCAUGGAAUGGGGGUACGUAUCGCGUAGGUCGAAAUGGGGGUUAUGGAAGUCAGUAGGGAGUAAGAAUGAGACAGGUCUGUUUAGGGCCGCAGGUCGAAAAGAAGAACAAAGAUGAUGGAGAAAUUACAGUUUAAGGUUAUUUGUAACAAACGUAAAACAGUAAUGGAAAAAUACGUGUUUAUUUUCGCAAAUCAUCUUUGUAUGUGAUUUAUCACUGGUUUGAAAUUAAUUAGAUGUACCAACUUUUGUAAACUACCUAAAAUUAUUUCCAUCAUGGAUUCUGAAAUAACUGUUUCAAACAUGGAUGCACAACAAUUACCUAUGAAUGGCAGCCACAUAAAUCUUGAUGACUUCAAGAUGGAUAGUAACUUUGCGUGGUUGCUCUGUUCUCUUGUUUCAACUAUGGCUUGGGUUAUCUACAUAACUUAUUACAAUUCAAGAGUUAUCGGCUACUUCAUAACACGUUUAUUGAAUCGGUUUCUAGUUAGGGAAGGUUACAUGCAUGUAGGUUCAUUAACUUGCUAUGUGCUGUCUGGGAAGAUAAUGUUUCGAGAUGUAGUAUAUAUCUGUCAUGACUAUACAGCUAGAGCACAAGAUGGAUGGUUGAUCUUCCGUUGGUGGAGAGCAUAUGUGCCCAAAGAUGUAUCUGAAGAUCUAUCACAUUCGGAUACGCGGCUGUCUGUAAUGCUGAAUGGAUUUGAACUACAUGUUUACAAUCGCUGUGAAAUGUAUGGUAACCUUGAAAAAUUAUUUGGUCUGGAACCUCAGAUGUUUCCACGUGAUGGUGAUUCCUCUGGGAGUGGUUCUGGAGGUACCGAGAGUAAGAAAGGUGAGCAUAACAAUGAUGAAAUGAGAACUACAAUGUCAUCUAAUUCUAGAAGACGACCACAGACAGUAGCCCUGUCUCAGGGACGUAGUUGGAGAGACUUGAUUCCUGUCAUCAAGGUCGAUGUGGCUUCGGGUCGAGUUGUCUUUGGUAACCGUCUUGUGCCAACGACUCUCUCCAUCAAUGUUGAAGAAGCUCAUUUUGUUUACUCAACCAAACCAGCUGCAUCACGAUUGGAUCAUUUCAUGCACUUCACCAAGUGCAAAGCAGAGAAUUUCAAAGUAAUUCUGGCCCCAAGUCCCAAGUACACAGGGAUGGUAGAUGAUCCACCUAGGUAUAUGGGUGAAGGAUUUGUGGUUCUAUCUUCAAAUAACAUUGAGCUGUACUACUACAUGGAUGAAGCUGGUCUAGUGCCUGCAGAGCCAGCGAUGUUACAACUUGCAAAUGGAGAUAUUGUGGAGUCAGCCCCUCCCAUCUGGGGUAUGGACAUAAAGUGUGGAAAAGGGACUGAUUUUAGCUAUGGACCCUGGGCAGAUCGACAGCGAGAUCACCUUUUCAAGUUCUUCUUUCCUAAUGAUUUCCAACCAUUAAAGGUAACUAAAGCUCUGCAGCCAGGAGAGAAACGAUCAGCCACUUCAUUUGACAUUCGUCUGAGUACUCUGAAUGAUGCCACUGUAGACAUUCUGUUUUCUAAAAAUAAAGAAACAAAUGCUGUUCAUGUCAAUGUGGGACCUGGGUCGUACCUGGAGGUGACAAUGCCAUGGGUUGUGGGUCAGGAUGGUUACUCAACCAAGAUCACUGGCCAGUUAUUGCACCUGGAAGCAACAACCAGUUUGCAAUACCGUUCCCUAGUUGAAAGUGAGACACUGGAAUUUACUGUCAAAUGUCACUAUCCCAUCAAGUGGAAUGAUCAUCAGGAGUGGAUUUUGAACCUCACAGGGUGUAAAGCUACUGUUAACCUCAUAUAUGCCCACAAAUGGUUCUUUCAAGAUCUGGUUAAUGACUGGGCAAGCAAGUCUAGGCCAGAUUUGCUUCACUUUGUGCCCUAUACAUGGAUAAUAACAGUCAUAAUAAAGGAGUUUGAACUUAUCACACUGUGUAAUGAAUACAAUUGGAUUGACUGCUCAUCACAAAACCAGGAAAAUGCUCACAUUGCAUUUUGUGGAGAUUUGUUUGAUCUCUCCUUUGAUCUGCCAUUCUGUGACUUCUUACCUACUACAAUUCCUCUGAGAUUCUGGAUACAGGGUGAAAGUGUUGACUUGGUCCUAUAUUUGCCAGAAAUUUGUACAAGUCGUAGUAUACUGUUGGCUCUUGAUGCAAAUGCAAAACUGCUUGGGCAUGAUAUAAAUUUACGUCAGAGAAAUGAUGGUACCAGAAAAUGGAGGAAUGUCUGCCAAAAAAGCAUUGGAUGGGUUGAUUGUUGGUCUGUGCCAAUUGUAGCUCUCUGCAUUAACUAUGUGUAUCAUCCUGUGCCGCCUUUGGGACCUCCACCCCAAGCUGAUAUCACUACCCCAGAGAAAGAGGAGAUAUUGUUAUCCCCUAUGAGAAUACCAAGGUGUAGGAAGUCUCCAGGCAUACACUGGAGUCAGGAUGGCUCACAGAAAUUUGAUCCAACUACUCUUCCACCAGAUAAAGUUACCUUGGAGCUUGAGAUAGGACCAUCUGUUCUGUUGGUGUAUGGAGCUUGGCUGAGGAAAUUUAUGCACUUAAAGGAAAAUAUAUUUGGAGAGGACCAGGCUUUCACUGACAUGUAUCAGAGCCGUGCAGCAUCCAGUUCUUCUGUUGGGGAUGCAAAUGCUGUCACAGGAGCACCUGCAAGUGCAGCAGACAGAGGAACUGAUGUUUCAACCAGCACUGGUGCAGCAGAUGAAGCAGAUAUCCUGAAACAAAAGGAAUUUGAUCCAAGACAGUACCGUCCCUUUGAAGUGGCUGUAUCUAUCACAAUGCAUGAUAUACAGGCACAUCUUAUCAAAAAUUGCAGUGAAGGGGAUCCACCUUGUCCAGUCAUUCUUCUCGAAAGAUUUGGUUUUGAGAUGAAGAAAGGCUACAGAGAAACACAACUUCAAUUAUUACUAUCUCCAGCAAUACUUCUGUCAAGUGACAAAGUAACUCGACCAAGUAAGGAAAGCCAUCUCACACAAGGACAUCUUAUGCUUUCUGGAUUCCAGGUUCGAGGUCAUGCCAUGUUCAGUGAUGAAGGUAGAACCUUGGAUGAAGAGACUGUGGAGUAUGCAUGGCUAGUGGAAAUACAAUUGGGAAAGUUGAGUGGAAAGCUGACAGCACCACAGCUUCACCACCUUGUUACCAGUUUGGAGACUUUUGCUUUGCUUGCAAAGGAUGCAGAGAAUAACUUGAGGCCCCCUCGCUUACCCAAGGUUUGUCAUCAUGGAGUACCUCCACUGCAAUGCAGUGAAUCUGAUCCAGAUACUAGGUAUCGAUGCCCAUCUGGUGAUGAUAUCAAAUAUAGAAUGACUCGUCUGGCAGUUGAUGCAGUUGACCUGUACUUGCUAGAAAGCAGUACAGCAUUUCGAAUUUGGGCAUCUCCAAUUCGUAUUGCUACGUGUAACCUUCAUGGGCACUUGGUAAAAUCUGGUGUAACAGGUGUAUUGCCAGCAGUGCAGGUCAGGCAAUUUGUGGCUACUGGUAGCAAUUUUAGUGGUGGGAAUGCUAAUCACAGUAACACCAAUACUACAAGUAGUGGACGAUCUCAACAUAAUCCAAGCAGCAGAAUGGACAGUUUGUUAGGAGAACUCUGGCUGGAGGUGGGUUCCAUCUCUUUAGGGCCUCUUGUGGUAGAAGCAGCAAUGUCUCUUCCAGCUCCUGAACAUAACCUACAUUUAGUACAGCACAGGUAUUUACGCACACAUGAUGAGGCAUUCAAGCGAUUAUGGUUCUUAUGGUCAGGAGAAAGUACUAAUAGUAAGGCAGUUGGACGCUGUGGUUGUAUUGGUGGCUGUGCAUUCUUUGGUACUAACCGAAAUGGUGCCAAGUUUUUUAAACCUAGUCGGGAUGACUUUCAAGAUGGAGUUAAUAUGGCAGCAUUCAGGAUACAUGAACCUGGACGAGAUCCUGGAUUUGGACAAAGUAUACUUCAUGAAGGUCAACUUCUGUUCCGUACACCUCCAUAUGGUUCUCAAGAUAUUUCUCUACAGGAACCAGUUAAUGGAUGGGACAACAAUGUGGGGAACCCAAGGGGUACUGGAACUGGUGCCCUGAAGGUGGCUGCAGUAAAUGAUCCCAACUUAGGUGAGAGUCCUGGAACACUAGCUGGUGAACAGUCACGUUCAGUAGCAGAGACAAACAAGGAUAGUAGUUCAAGAAUCAGCACAGCAACACCCAGUCCAGUUAGCUGUUACAGUGAUAAGAGAGCUCUAGGAAGGAGGUUCUCAUAUACUUCAGCUAGCAAUAGAAGUGGAAGCAACACAACACGUGAUGUGCCAUAUGCUCGUCUAAUGGACCAUAGCCCAACCAACCUUUUACCUCCAAAACUUGAUAGUGACUCCAUGCUGAAUGCAGAGCGAAGCAAGUCCAUAUUGAGUGUACCUGAGACAGAGGGAGCACCCAAGAGUAGUGUUUCAGACUCAAAGUUGGCUGUUGACUACUUCAACACAGCCACACCUAAAGAGAGCCACCAGCAAGGAGCCACAAAUGUAGUACUGGUUUCAAAGCCUUCCAGUUCGUCGGCAGUGAAUCCAUCAGAAUCACACCAUUCACUAUCUGUGGAUGCUGCAGAAGAAAAUCUUCGUAAGGAAGUACAACGUACAGUGUCAAUGAGUAGCGAAAACCAUUCUGAGGCUUUCUAUUCAGCUGAUGAAGAUAUUAGUCAGCAUGUUGGAAUGUCAGCCAGUCGUACGUCUUCACUUCGCCAUUCCAUUACAUUGACAAGGCAGGAUAGCAGUAGUAGUAACACUACCAAUAGACAGGAUAGCUUCAAGAGUAAUGCUACAGCUGAUGACAUUUUCUGCCCAGCCAGUCAAGAUGACAACCAGCACGUUUGCAUGUCAACCAGUUCUGCCUCUUCACUUGACAAUUGCAGUGUAUUCAGUGUUGUGGAUAUCAGUAUGAAAACAAUUAGAAAGAAGUUCCCAAGUGAAUUAAGCAUAAUACCAGGUGCUGUUCAUACAUUGCCUUCUGCUGCCCUCAUGGCAAGUGCAGCUAUAUGUUCAGACGGACGGUCCCGUCUCUCUAGUCAUCGCAGUGAUCAUGAGAUUCACACCCCAGAACACCGAAAUCAGCAACUUUCCCGAAGUCCAGAUAUGAGUGUGACAGGUGGAGAAGAUGACAGAAGAGGUGGGGGAGUUCUAAAUAUGGCAACUCCACAUAGACGAUACUGUAAUGUAAGUUCUGCCUCUCAGCAGCGAUCUACCAGCCCCCGUUAUGUGACAUACAAUAAUGGAGACAGUCUCACUGGGUUGCAGGAUGUUUCUGAGGGACAGAGUCAAGAUGGAGUACUCCUGGAUUCAUCUGACACACACUCUGUAUCCAGUACAUCUUUUAUCUCAGCAGUCUCAUCACAGGAGGACAUGGCAUUGGUUAACCUGCACAUGCAAGUUAACAAACCCAUCAUAGACUCUCCAUUACUCAUGACCAGCUAUGUAAAUCACCUUUCACAGGCAAGUUGUAACAAUUGGUCACAGUCGUCACUUCCUGCAGGCUGUGAUGCUUUCACGGUCCCACUUUUCCAACGUACUGAGGAAGGUAGACUCAUAUACAUUGGUGGUAGAUACAGUCCUAGAUUUGAAACAUUGACAGAAGGCUUAACAUCUUUGAAGAUGAUAUCAAGGGUCAUUGGUGAACAUCAUGGAACACCUCCACCACCAAGUAAAACUCCCACUCAUCCUUAUUCCUGGGAUGCCUCAGCUUUUUUGGGUUCUGAAUCAGAUGACCUGGAGACAGAAUAUAUUAUCAAUCAGCAUGAUGCAUGCCCUUUAUCCAUUGUGUUAAAUAGACAGGAUAGCUUCAAGAGUAAUGCUACAGCUGAUGACAUUUUCUGCCCAGCCAGUCAAGAUGACAACCAGCACGUUUGCAUGUCAACCAGUUCUGCCUCUUCACUUGACAAUUGCAGUGUAUUCAGUGUUGUGGAUAUCAGUAUGAAAACAAUUAGAAAGAAGUUCCCAAGUGAAUUAAGCAUAAUACCAGGUGCUGUUCAUACAUUGCCUUCUGCUGCCCUCAUGGCAAGUGCAGCUAUAUGUUCAGACGGACGGUCCCGUCUCUCUAGUCAUCGCAGUGAUCAUGAGAUUCACACCCCAGAACACCGAAAUCAGCAACUUUCCCGAAGUCCAGAUAUGAGUGUGACAGGUGGAGAAGAUGACAGAAGAGGUGGGGGAGUUCUAAAUAUGGCAACUCCACAUAGACGAUACUGUAAUGUAAGUUCUGCCUCUCAGCAGCGAUCUACCAGCCCCCGUUAUGUGACAUACAAUAAUGGAGACAGUCUCACUGGGUUGCAGGAUGUUUCUGAGGGACAGAGUCAAGAUGGAGUACUCCUGGAUUCAUCUGACACACACUCUGUAUCCAGUACAUCUUUUAUCUCAGCAGUCUCAUCACAGGAGGACAUGGCAUUGGUUAACCUGCACAUGCAAGUUAACAAACCCAUCAUAGACUCUCCAUUACUCAUGACCAGCUAUGUAAAUCACCUUUCACAGGCAAGUUGUAACAAUUGGUCACAGUCGUCACUUCCUGCAGGCUGUGAUGCUUUCACGGUCCCACUUUUCCAACGUACUGAGGAAGGUAGACUCAUAUACAUUGGUGGUAGAUACAGUCCUAGAUUUGAAACAUUGACAGAAGGCUUAACAUCUUUGAAGAUGAUAUCAAGGGUCAUUGGUGAACAUCAUGGAACACCUCCACCACCAAGUAAAACUCCCACUCAUCCUUAUUCCUGGGAUGCCUCAGCUUUUUUGGGUUCUGAAUCAGAUGACCUGGAGACAGGAUGUGAAGAGGAACUUCUGGCACUUCAGAAUGAAUAUGGCUCAAGAACUACAGUGAUAUUAAAACUUAAAGGAGAUGUGGACAUAAUGUUGAGUCCGCUUGUCCUAGAAUCACUGCAGAGAUUUAUUGAUGCUAUAACCCCGACUUUAGCCAGUUUGCAUCCCUUGACUGUACUAAAUCAUCUCCAUGCUGAAUGCAUCUCUCAAGUUGAGGCUGCUAACAUCCUGAAGCGUGACCAGUCACUGUCAUAUUUAAGUCAGUUCCAAGCCAGUAGCAAACGAAGUACAGCUGAGCGAAAUUUGAGUUCCCCUACUGGCCAAGGAGCAUUGCAAGCCAAUGUAUAUGAAGAGUCUGUUUCCACACAGAUUCAGGGAACAGUUAUGCUUCCAAAGGUGAACAUAACAUUGCUCCAGGCAUCAGUUGUGGAAGAGAUGAUAUCUUUUUCAGCAUUAGACAAUAUUAGAGAUUUGACUUGUGUUUCGCUGUUUGCUGUGUGUUUUGGUGGAGUCACAGCAAGGUUUCACUGCUCUAAACAAGCUCGUGAAGUUGUUCAGACAUUCCAUCACCCUGCUGUCCUUCCUAGUGGACAUAAGAAGUCUAGUGGAAGUGGCAAGAUGGGUAAACCCUUCCUCCUUGGACAUCAGGCUACUCCAGGAACCACAGAUAUGCUAGGUGGAGAACCAGUUUACAUAGAAACAUCAGAGAAACAGCAAGAAGAAAUGGUCUUCACUCUUAAUAUAAGCAAAAUCCAUGCACAGUUACGUCGCUUGAGAAACGAGAGUUCAAUUCUGAAGGAUGCUGUGAUCACUGCCAUACCAAGCCAUUAUUCACGUGUGUUUUUCACUUGUGUUAGAGUUGCUUCUCCUAUGAGAGGAGUUGACUUCUGUGCACAAAUGCAGCAACAACAGAGUCAGUCUCAGUCUGCAGACAAUGGGACAGGCAAAAUCCAUGCACAGUUACGUCGCUUGAGAAACGAGAGUUCAAUUCUGAAGGAUGCUGUGAUCACUGCCAUACCAAGCCAUUAUUCACGUGUGUUUUUCACUUGUGUUAGAGUUGCUUCUCCUAUGAGAGGAGUUGACUUCUGUGCACAAAUGCAGCAACAACAGAGUCAGUCUCAGUCUGCAGACAAUGGGGUACGCCAUGUUGGAAACCCUCACAACAGUGAUGAUUCUACUAACGCUGUUGAUGAGAAGCUUGGAUUUAUAAUGUUUGAAUGUGGACUUGAGGGUGUUUUGCUCAAAGUUGUCAAAAGGUCUCAGUUUGAAAAGGGAGAAAAUGGCAGUGAUGAAGAGAUAGAAAAGCCUGAGGCAGAAGCCAGUCAUACUGAUACAGUGAGGUCACGAGAUGAAUUGGAGCAACAACCAAUGGCCAAUACCACUUCAGGUUCCAGUCAGGUGGAGAACAGUGUAGUCUCAUCUGCUGCAAUGAAAACUACUGCUGAGAGUGCAGGCGUUGGUAUAGGUACUGCUGAGGUCAGCACUGAGCCAGGUACUGGCCCUGCAAACAUCAACAUUGCGACUGCUACAGGAAACCAGGCAACUGAAAAUGGGCGUGGUAAUACCUCGUCUUGCAUCAUUGAGCUACGCACAGUAUGGUUUAAUUUUGCAGCUCCACCACGUGCACCAAUCACCAGGAAAAUUGAUUUCACUAGGUUGGAUUGGAACUUGCUGAGUACAGCAUCCCCUGCAAUUAACGCGUGGAUGAAUCCUAGUAACAGGUUUGCAAUUCGAGUGGUUCACAUGGUCCGAAGUACGUAUAGACGAUCAACAGGCAUUGUUGCUUGUCUCAUGGCUGAGGCUUUAGAUGUCCAGGGGAUUCAUAUCCCCAUGAAGAGCCGAUAUGGACGAUAUACACCGUUAGCUAAGACAUUGCAGGAAGAUCCUUCUUGUCAGUUGUGUAGUGUGCUACAAAAGUAUGUGCUGCUGUCUGAUCUAUCUACAAUAGAGGCAAAUUUGCGUGAAACUGAUCUUCCUUUAUUAUCCACACUUCGACAGGGUGUUAUUGUAUUGAGUCGUCAGUGGAAGAAUGUCUUAUACACACCUCUUCUGCUGGAUCACAAAUACAAAAGUAAACAUGUGAAACCACUGAAUGUUACUUUUGCAGUUCCUGAGCCUGAUGAGGAGAAUGUACUAACAGAUGGCGAGGGCGAAGGGUCUGGGGAGGAAUGUGAGGUAACGGAUGAAUGUGCCAUGCUUCUUAACACAGAAGCUGGUGCCAUGCAUAAGGUGAUUAAGUCACAUGAUAAAAAUGGACUAGGUUUAAAACAUGACGACCUGUUGGUUCCUCCUGUUGGGUCCCCUCAUGUUACCAGUCAUGUGGAUCGCACCCCAAUGGUUACACCUGGAAUUGUAGUUGGAGGUGUGGACAGCUUGUUUAAUUCACCUUCACCUCCGUCAGUUCAGCAGCAAGGUCAUGGAGGUACUGGAGUGGGAGGGCAUCGGAAAAGAAAGAAAUCUCUACCUCCUUCGCACCCACCUUCUUCAUCACGGGCCUCAAUUGUGUUUCCAAUACUAGGUGGUAACCCUUUCAUGGCAGCUGCUUCUCAGAAGAAGUUUGAUGCUGAGCAGGGCAUUGGUUAUGGACCACUGAAAGAAGAGCGUUCCUCCUUGCAUCAUUCACAUGGACAGCAUCACCACUUGGGUUCAAAUCCUAGUAUUUAUUCCGGUGGUGGUCCAGGUAGCCAGCAUUCUGUGACUUCUCUGGAAAAUAAUUUUUCUCCCACUGGUAAUUCAUCAGCACCAACAAGCAGAAAUUGGGAAACAAGCAGGAAAGAAACGGGUGAGGACCUGUAUAGCUGGAUGGCCAAACAGCAAGAUUUCAUGAAAGAUUCAGAAGUUUCCAAGACUAACUUGAAAGGGAACUGGGAAUCAAAGAUCAACACACUAACCACUGAAGAUACCUUGGAAGAUCCAGAGUAUUUACAGAUGACUCUAGGAGGGUACAGUCUGUAUCCUAUGCAUGAUUCAUUGCGACUUCUUGAUGCACACCUGAUAUUUGAGCCUCUGCUCUCUUGUCUUGGUGUCAUGCCACAACAGAUGAUCAGUAAUCUCAGUGGUUCUACAGGUCCAGGAAGUGGCAAUGUUUCAUCGUUUGACACUUGGGGAUCAAACUUGACAUUGGUUGGUGGCAUUGAAAUGAUGAGAAUUGAUAUUGUUGUCAGUGAAUUUGGAAAAACCAGUGACAAAAAGAAAGGCAAGUCUUCAUCAGCAUCUUCAGGAGGAAACAAAGGAUCUAAGAACCAUGGAGGAGGAAAGUUUUAUCUGGAUAUUCCUCCUGAGACACCAGCCUUUCUCUGUGAGAAGAUGGGAGUUGAAUUGGACUUAAAGAAGAUGGCAGACAUGACAGUUGAUGACAUGAUUCACAAACAGAACGUUUUAUACAUCUCACGUGGGCAGUUAAAGAAACACACUAGCACUAUAUUGAAUAUCAGCUUGAAUGUGCGCUAUAUUUCACAGCAGGUGAACAUGCCACUACUGCGUCUGCUGCAUCAGAUAAGCAAUAUGUACCAGAAUGUUAAGGAAACACAAAUGGAACUGAAAGAACAACAACCAGAAGUUAAAAAAGAAAACUUGACAAAAAAUAACAAGAAUGGUUCUUCAUCAACAUCAGACAUGCAUGAGAAUGUGUCUGUAGUUGAUGACAAGAUGAAAUUACCUGCUGGAAAUGUAACUGGGGUUGGUCCUGGCUUUCCCCACUCAUUGAGCCAACAAAAGAUAGUGUCACCAUCAGCAUCUCUUCGCUCCCGUCCGCAGAGUUUUGCGCAGAAACUUAGAUCAACUAGCAAGAGUGUAAAAGGCUACAUGAAUUUGUCUGAAGGAGGAACAACGCCAAUGCUGGCGGUGAGUCCGUCUGGUUCAGGUCUUGAACAUACCACCAUUGCCUCAGAUAAAAGUAAAGAUGUACUAAAUCUGACACCUCGCUGCUGGAAAACUGUGUACUAUCUUCUUGAUCUGUAUGCAACAAUGCCAGAAACAAAGACCAUCACUCAUAGGUUUUCUGUGGCUGCUGAUAUUUCAGAAGGCUACAAGGGUAACAGGAAGUAUGACUUGUUACCUGAAGUUAAAAGCAAUGAAGAUUUGGAGAAAGGAGUUGCUGCUGUCCCUGAGACUGCUACAGGCUCUACUCCACAGCCACAUGAUAAACCCAGGGAACUCAGUGUGGUGACUGGGGAACGUACUCGUCUCAUUGUGUUUGGUGUGGCUCGAAUUCAUCGAACAAGGUUACUAGCAACAUUAAGUGGACUCAAACUGGAGGCUGAGAUUACGAACCUCCAUUCUAGUCUUACUUGUCGUAAAAAAUCCAGGCCUGCAAGUUUGGAAUGUUCUCUCACAGGACAUAUUGGACGAACUAUGAUUGUUCUUCUGGAAGGAGUUGCACCCAGUCAGCAAACUGUAGUGAGGGUGACAGUUGGUAAAUCACAGGCUCUGUACUCAAGUGUGUCAAGACGUUCCAAGGAUAAGAAUUCGGGGCUUCUGACUGUUGGAGCUGUAAAUAUAGAUAUUCCUCAGCACCCAGUUGCUCUUCAUGGAAUGAUGACUAGAGGAAGUAAAGAGCUAUCUUCAACCCUUCAGGAAUUGCGAGUGACUCGAACUUCAAGCAGGAUUAGCCGUGGAACAACGGCUGAAGAAGGAGAUUUCAUAACUCAGCAUUCUCCUCGCCACUUUCACUCAAUGCAGGCUCCACAGUCUGGUCUCCAGAAGCAGCAACAAGAGUCCAGCUUGCUACAGCCCCUUGUCAUGCAGUUUUCUGUUAUAUUACAGAGUCUGAGCAUUACAGCAGCCUUGUUACCAUCCUUACAAGCUCAGUACAAGAUGGAUCAAGUGAACAGUACAGGAGUGACUGGAAGCAAAGCCAAAUUCACCAUAGACUUGCCUCAGCAUUCACUCAGCUUCACUACAAAACUGCAAGUGCACAAUGUAACUGAUGCUCAUUUACCAUCAGAAGCCAGCAUUGAACUUCCUAAAGUUCAUGUAUCUGCUGAAUAUGUGCAAGAUGGAAAUAAUCCUCGAGAGGCACAGUUUGCAGAUGGAGUUGUUUUCCGGCAAGGAAGCUAUCUGAGUGCUGUGGCAGAUAUUGGUGUUUUUGAACACUCUCUCACCACAGAUCUGCUGAAUCAUUUGGUAUUUGUUCAGAAAGUAUUCAUGAAGGAAGUAAAUGAAGUGGUACAGAAAGUGUAUGGUGGGGAGAAACCAGUGCCUUUAUGGCUAGAGGACAGUGAGGAGCCCACCAGCUCAUCCCUCAAGAGAAUUCUUUUCUCACUAGUUAUUAGAAUUAAGAGAAUCCAGUUGACAGCUACAACUCCUACCAAUUCAGCUGUUCGCCUGGAAACAGGUGCAGUUGAGUUCCAGCUGUCAAAUAGAGUACAGAAUGUAUCAGGAGCUGCACAGCCUAACCCAUACAUGAAAAUCUUUGGAAAGGCACAGGUGGAUAUAAAUUUAAGUCUGGGUCAGCUUUUGAAAAAUGUCAUGUUUGAAGAAGCUGAACCAGAAUUCCAACAGUAUGCUUUCUUUAAGACUCGCAUAGGUUUGCGUAAUGCGUUCCAAGAUGAAAUGGUUCAGGGCGAGGAUAAGGAAGUUGUACUUAUAACUUUAAAGCGGCCAUUGAUUUAUAUCCAACCUAUGGCUGUAGAUAAGGCAAUAUUGGUGUGGUUGAACUACAAAAAUGCUUAUGAAUAUUGGAAUGAACAGCGAUCAAAUUUGAACAAAGAGGUUCUUACAGCAACGCAGCAGGUAUUUGAGAAAGUUCCAUUUGGCCAAUUAACAAGUCAGCUCAGCGCUCCUCAUCUUGGGACACUUUUUCUGCAACUAACAGUGGAUGACAUGGGCAUUUGUCUGCCCCUGAACCCUCUGCCUCUUGCAUCUUGGGGAGUGAAUCGACAAGUAUAUGAUGCAGAGAGUCGUGGUGCAGUGGUUAUCACUCUUGAAAGCACUAGCAUCUCAGCCUGCAGUUCAGGUUCAUUAGUCAGUAAAGGUCGCUUUAUGGGACUUUGCCUUCGCUUUGCUGAUGACUUUGAAACAAGUCUUGAUGACUGGAAACCUGACAUGAGUGACAGUACUAUUAUGAACUUGUGUGUUGUGUCUGAAGGAACAUAUGAAGUUUGCAGUCGCACAAUUGCCCAAAAGCAAGGAACUGAAAAUGCAAAAUGGUUCCUAAACGUACAGUGGCAGAUGGAAGGUGUGGAUAUUCACUUGGAUGUGAAUGUUGGCAAACAGUUAUCAGCACUGGGACACACACUAACCAUGCUUACAGGAUCACAGGAAGAGGAUGAACCGGUCACUGCAGAGUAUGAUAGUGAUGAGGUCGACCAAGUGGAUGGCAAUGCAGCCUCCUUGGUACGUUCCCACAAACAACAUGAGAGCAUAAGCUUACGGCGACCACGGAAUUUGACAGAUAGCUUGCCCGCAUUUGUGUUUGAUCCAUCUCUGGAUGCCAAAAAGCGUUCAAAGUUGAUUGAGAAGGAAAUGAAUGAACAGGCUAAGAUCAUUAAUGAUCUUCGCUCAUUAGGUGCAUCUCAUGGAACUAUUGAGCAAGAAAUGAAACGUUUGCAAGAGCUGGAAGCCAUGGUCUUCAAGGAUUUCCGAAGGGAUAUGAUUCAGAAGUUACGCCGCCAGAGUGUGAAAGCAUCGUCCAUCAAAGGCAAGUUUGGACUGGGAUCUAAAGCCAGCACAUAUCGCUCAAAGUCCUUCAUUGUGCCAUCUCCCACUCCAGAACAUCAUCUCGAGAUGGAGAGUCCUGAUGACUUAGGUGGCGCUAGUAUCAAUUCUAAUGGAAAUUCUGCAAGUUUUGAGAGUUCACCACACUCUGGGCCAUCACGAUCAGCUUCUCUGCGUGUUAGAGGUUUAAGUGGACCCCGAGUUACAUUCAGUGAUACACACAACAUCUGCAGGCAGUCCUCUCUUCCAAGUGCAGGCUCAGAUCUCAGUCUCCCAGAAGGGGACUUAGAGUGGACAGGCGAUGACAUAGAGAUGUCAGCAGGUGAUAAGGUAGAGCUGAGGCGAAGACCACCAGCAUGUGGACCAGCCAACUAUGAUAAUAUUGACAAUAGUAUGCCACUGCUAGAUUCAUAUCAGAAGGACCAAGGAGGCAGCACGAGCCCAGCAUCAUACACAGCAGUAUUUCAAAAACCUCAAGAACCAAAUAUUGAUUUUGAACUAGAUGUAAAAGUCUUCAUUAACAGUGGGAAGUGUGUGCUACAUACUAAAGACCCAGCAAAAGAGGAUGAACUUAAAUUAACUAGCCGCUUGAAGAAGGAACGCAGCUGUUCAGGAGGGAUGUUUGAUUUUCCUCCUUCAAGUCCAAACAUGAGUCGUCGUAAUAAGGAAAAGCCUCAUGGAACUUCAUCUACCACAAGAUUACGAUACCUGCAUAGCACAGUUGCCCAGUUAGUGGACCUCACAAUAUUUCAUAUUCCUGGCCUGGAUGUGAAAGUUCAUUAUGAAUCCAGGACACUUCAUGAAGAAAAUGUGUCACCACGUUUGGCAAGUGAACUGAUGGCACAGCAAGCUCUGUCUCAGGGACGCAAAGGUGGCACCAAGAAGGCAAGUCUCUUCGCUUGGAUGACAUUGCAGAGUAUUCCAGAAGAGACAAUUAUAAGUCCUCAUAUCUUAGAGUUUCUGGAACAGACACUAGAACCUAUUCCGUCAACAUUACAACAAGCCAAAACAUCAGGACCAGUGAAUACCAUGUUUGCAAUGGAUCAAGACACAUCUUGGGCUUCUGCCACAGCAACAAGCAAUUAUGUGUAUGCUUCCUUCCCUGUUGAUGUCAUAGUGUACUUUCACAUGCAGCCAUCAACUUUCCGCUUUUCCUGCCUGCCUGUUUCAAGAGUGGAGUGUAUGUUGCAACUCCCAUCUCUGGACAUUGUUUUCUCAUCCAAGAGAGCUGAGGAGGAGUUGCAUAGUGAGUUUGGUGAGGGCAGGCCUUCAAAUCAUCCACCAAGUGGUAUAGACUCCUCAACAAGUAGAUUUGAUAUGGGCUCUUCUCCAUCAGCUGUUGGUGGUUUAAGUGUAACAGGCUGCUUGGCAGACUUUUCAGUAUAUAUCUUCCAUCCCUAUGGUGGUGGGAAGAAGACUGGUUUGAAGGAAGCACAAUGGUCACCAUUAGCAGACAGUGAACGGAAAGAUUCUUUGAGUGUGAAUGUUGAAUUUGUGAAGUUUCAUUUAUCACGAAGUCGUAAACUCAACUUUCAGUGUGACCAACAGCAGUCAAAGGGAUUGAAAGGUUCAGACCAGAGCCAGGCCGUUAUUCGAUUUUCCACCAUUAUAGACAUUGGCUCAGCAUCUUUUAAAUAUGACAUGAGACGGCUAACUGAGAUUCUGGCCUUCCCUAAGGCAUGGUACCGGCGUAGCAUUGUACGUCGAUUGUUUCUGGGUGAUCUCAGUAUCAGUGCCACUUACAGUGAAGGAGAAGAAUCUUCCCCUUCUAGUCUUGAGGAUGAACAUUUGCUGGCUGCUCCACAGUCAGGAGCAAGAUCCAGCAUGUUGGAUAGUAGUGGGCGAAUUGUAACUGAUGGACAUGGUUUGUCUCGAUCUGCUCCUACUACAGAACGAAGUCCAAUGUUACCAACCAGAGAGCGUCUUAGGUUAAGUUUGGAAAAUGAUAUCUCUCAACAUUCAAAGUUUAGAGAGGGUAGUUGUGGGCGAAUGCAGAACAAACCAGAUACACCAAGCCCUUCAGAACAGAAGUCUGGUUCAGCCUGGGAAACCUUGGUCCUAUUUGCUGUCAAUUUCACUCGGCUUAAUGUUCAUAUGAACAUGGGCAAUGUAAUGGGUAAUGUUACGUGGCUUACCAAAGACUUCAGGUCUGAGGGUCGCCUCUCCAUUGGCAGCACGGGACAUAAGAACAUGUAUAUAGGUGUGGGACUUGGAGGAUCAAGUUUGGAUGCAAAGGGGGGAAUAGUUGGUGGAACUAUUGAACUAAGCAAGAUUGAUACAUUCAUUCAUAUAAGAGAGGACCCUGGAACUGAACCAGAUCAUACUGUUGGACUUAAACUGUUUGCACUAGAGCUACGGCUUGAUUACAUGGGAACUGGUGUGCUCAUGUGUCGGGUCAGUUCAUUGUCUGUCUCUCUUCGUGAUGAGUGGAAGAUUAAUCGUAGCAAGAAAACUUCAGAAAACUUUAUUCCUACUAGGAGACCAGCAAUGAUAUUCAUGCAUGGAGAUUUGGGUUGGGAUCAGUUGCAACUCAUGAUCUCCAAAUCAACUACAGCUGAUCUGCUGAAAAUGUUCUACAAGCUAGAGGAAUUUUUCUCACAGCAGUUCAAAAGCAGCAAACGUGUGUUUUCAAGCCUGCAGCCACGGACACAUUCCAAAAACAGCAGCUUUAAGAAGAAACAGCCUCAUGCAAAGAAGAAGUCUGCUGGGGAUGCAAAUUCUCAUACUUGGGCAAGCUCUGCUCUGCAGGAUGCAAGACACCAUCGUCACUGGCAGCAUGUUUUGGGUCAAGUGGGUGGCCUGCAUCUGUCCACACUUAGUUUUCCAUUGCCAGUGUCUGGUACUGUACUUGGAGGAACAAUGGAACUUCAUGGAAAGAACAUUUCAUUAGCUUGCUUCCAUGGUAUCAAUUUCAAGUCAAAGUCAUGGGCAUUGUUUUCAUUGAAAGAACCAUGUAUCUCAUUUGCAACUGAAGCCCAGGAGAUUCCAUCAGCAGAAUUCAAUGAUCAGCUUGAUGUUCAUGUGGUCCAGACUCUAACAUUCAGUCUGGGAAUGAUGGAAGAGCAUCCUCAUGCUCAGCACCACAGCAUGGCUACUGUGUGCCGCAUGAGUCGCAAUGUGUUGUUCCCUCCGCAGUUCCGUACUCUGCAAGAAUGGUUCCAUUAUGCAUUUGCUAGCAGUGAGAUUGAUGCAGUGGAUCGGUUUCCAAGUCUGGAGAGGGAGAGACUGGAGAGCUGUUCCGAGCAGCAGCGAUCCCGGAGCAGCAGCAGUAGUAAGCUCCAAGAUCCAAAUCACACAAGAGAAGUGAUAUUUGCAUUGCCAUCACUGCAGUUGCAUCUGAAGACUGAACAUCUUCAAGCAGCAAAGACUCCUGAUGUUGCUGGUGAGAAACCUCUAGUUGAGUGCAGCUUUAUCACAGAAUUCGACGAUCACAUCUUUGUGACGGUAGAUGCCGAGGCAUUUUUCUUCCUCCAUGAUCUUAUCACAUCAUAUGUCAAGGAGAAGGAGAGAGUGAUUGGGUCAGUGGCUUUUGGACCAAGAGCUCACAGUCCUGAUCCUGAGAGACAUAACAGAGAGAGCUGCAGUGGUAACAGUUCAAUGGUAGGCAUUAGUGGAGCCACCAACUGGAGAAAUUAUCACUGUAAGACAUGGCAUCUGGAACCAACUGUCAGGCUUCUUUCUUGGGCUGGCAAAAGUAUAGAGCCAUAUGGAGUAGACUACAUUCUUCAGAAACUUGGGUUCUCACAUGCUCGAACAACAAUUCCCAAAUGGAUGCAACGAGGUUUUAUGGAUCCAUUAGAUAAAGUGCUAGCUGUCUUGAUGCUUAGAAUGAUAACUGUAGUGAGAGAGGAGCCACAAGCAAGUGAGUGGGAUUCUGACAAGAAGCAGACUGAUGGGAAGUAGAAAUUGAAGUAUUCCGAAAGCAUCAAAUGUUUGCACUAGCAUUGAUAGGCAUACUUAAUUAUGAACGUGGCAAAACAUAGUAACGUAAUAUGCCACACAUAUAAGAAAAUCUGUUGGCUUUGUAAAUAAAAUAACCCUUGAUAUUCUUUGAUGGCUGCAGAAAGUAUGCCCUUUCAGGUGAUGUUAGUUCCUCUGAUAGCUUUAAAACAUCUUCAGAUGGUUGUGGAAACAUUCGUUGGACAACAUAUGUGUACCUGUCUGGAAGUAUUAUCAUAAUUUUGAGCCAUUUAUUGUGCAUGUAUUUUGAGUAGACAAAAUACAAUGCCACUGGGAUAAAUAUAGAAUAUUAUAGCAUGUCUCAGCAUAAACGUUAAAUUACACACAAAGAAAGCACAAUAUAUCAUUUUCAUUAAUUCACUGAAACUUUUCAUGUCAUAAAUACCCUAGUAUUUGUAGUAGGUAGUAUGAUUCAUAUUUAAGAAACAUUUCUUCAGAAGUUGUACAUAAUUUUGUACUUCAUUGAUGAAGUCUUCUUCACCAGCCUAAUAUCCAGUGGGUAUUGGAAUUCUUUUCUUGAUGAAUACAAUGACCUGAGCAUAAAGAAAACCACUUACCUUCAUCUAGUACCAAGGCUAAGAGUGUACGGAGCUAUACCUCUGUGCCCAAAUAUAUCCCAUAUAUCUGCACUGUGUGGCACUUAGUGAAGUAUCAGAAACAAUUAUACCUCUUUACCUUUAUUUUGUCAAUACCAGUGCCAACUAAGAAAAGAAAUACGUCAGCUGUCAUUCGCUUCUUUUUAGCCGUUGUUUUAAUUUUUAGUUUAAGUGAUGACUACUAUAUCUGUUUGACAAUUGGAGCAUCAGUUCUUAUUCUUGAAGAUACUAUCUCUAACAUUCCAAUUUGCAUCCCUUGUGUUAUUAAUCAUUGUAUCCUUUUAAUGAUAUUAUAGUUGUAAUCUGUUUAGGAUGUAUAUGGAGCAGGUAUCAACACUGAACAGGAAAUGAUAUAUUGGCCAAGAAUCACUUCCCUCCUUACAUUGUGAGCUUUAACCCAUUGAACUCUAUUGACUCAGAUAAAAGUAUUUUCAUGUGACUGUGGACUGUACAUGUUACUUACCUGUCCUUAUUCCUCAUGUGUCUAUUUCCACUUCAUACAUAUCUUGAACAUUGCAUAAUUUUGUCCAUCUGGCAUUUCUUGAGAUUUUUGGUAGUGUUUGUUGGUUCCCUUAUUUGGCCUUUUUCAGGGUUAGUCCAGUGAUAAAGCUUCUGAUCAGGCUAUAAGUACAGCAUUUUCUCUGCACAUGUUGUAACAGUUAUACCACUUUUGGAAUUUGUACCGGGUAUUCCGGUAGAAACUGGCAGACAAUAGAGAGGUGCUUUCUGCCUCCAUUAUCAGGAUGGAGGCAGUGAGCACCUCUGAAACAUCAGCCAGUUUCUUCCAGAAGACAAUCAUCUUCAAAUAGUCUUUUCUUCAUUUUAUUUUACAAAUUGUUGCAGAGAGGUAUUUCAGUGUCAGUGAGAAAAGUAUCAUAUUUGUUCUUAUAUUGAAGAAUUAUAUUUUAUUGUUUAUUGGGUAUUUAUUUGUUGUGUGCUAUGGGUCAGUUCCAGUAUAGUUAAUAUAUGUGCUCUAAUACUGCUACUGAUUUGUGCUUAUAGUUUGAUUUGUAUUCCUCUGAUAGAAAAUGGUAAACAAACAUAUCAAUAAUGUUAAUAUGUUGAUGCCAUACACAUUCCUCUACCUUUGAUGUGGCCUCACAUGUCACUGUACGUGUUUCACUGGUAUAUCCUUUAGUAUGUAUUUUGAAUAAUAUGUAACAUAUUCAGAUUCUUAUGACAUAUUCUUUCCUUUUUUAAAUCCUUGUUAUAGAAAUAUGUAAUGUGUUGUUAUUUCUUGCAAUUUAUUUCACAAUUAACAGAUUAGUCUUACAAUGUGGUAAUUGUAGUGAAGAGUUUAGGCAUCAUAUUAAGUUAAAUUUUACUAUAAUAUGUAAUUUUAAGGUAUGUUCGCAAGUAUAGUUUCAACAAGUUAUCUCAUUGACAAAAUGGUCUGGAAAAUUUCCAGCUCUGUUUUAAUUUAUUAGAUACUGAGCAUGUUUUAAGUACAGUCCACGAUUGUAAUCUUGAGACUUACAAGGAAUGCAGUAAGUCCAUAGCAUUAAAGGCAGACACUAUCUUUCCUCCUUCACCCCACCUCCUCACCCUGCAAGUCUCAAGAUUACAGUCGUGGACUGUAGUUUGUGUUCAUUUUUUUCUGUAAAAAUAUUUAAAUUUCGACCACUUGCUGGAGUUUUUCUAUGUCUGCUUGAGCUGGAAAUUGAUAUUGUCAGUCAGUCAGUCAUCAAAAUUGUUAUUUACUCAUGUUUUGUACUUGUAAGUUAUAUUUGAAGUAUGGGAAAAUUACCCAGGAAAUUGAAGUUUCUAUUACAGUACUGAAUGAUUCAAACAUGCAUGAAGAAAAAUAGAUUUCUGGAUCCCUUGCUGUAUUGUAUUGUCUGUAAAUAGUUUUUGGUUGUGCUGCUUUUGAUUUUAGUAGCAUCCCUAUCGCUGAAUAGCUUAAUAUUGUUAUGUAUAUGACUGUGAGUUCUCUUUGUUCCAUUCUUAUAUUUUGUAUCAGAUAUUUAUAUUUUAUCAUUAUCAUCAUCAUUACUAUUACUGUUUAAUUUUAGUGCUUUUUAAUUGGAUGGGUAGCAAAGAAUUAUAGCAACAGUUACUAAUUAUUUAAGUUUCUUUUGUGUUGUGUAUAUUGCAUGGUGUUGUGGGAAAUACCUCUAUUUUAUUUAUUUUUUAAUCCUGGCUUUACUGUUUGAUAAUGUGAAGGAACUAAUUUAUAUGGUAACUGCAUCUAUAAGGCAGCAUUUUGCUAUUUGAAACAAACUACACAGUAGUAGAAAAUUAUUUAUCAUAUGUAUGAAAAGGCAGGUUAGAACAAGUGAUUGUUGUUUAAGGUAACAAUGUAAAUAUUAUGUUAUGUAAUUUUGUUGCAUAUAUAUUUCUGGUUACUUUGUGAUAUAUUUAAAAUGUCUUGUUUUCCCAUAUGUUUCCCACCCUUGAAUUAAGAUUAUUCCACAAAACAUUGGUCAGUGCCUGUUAUAACAUACCGUGUAAUGAUGCAAAAUAAUAUACAGAAGGUUCAGUCAUAGAGGUGAAAGAAAUGUAGAAAGGUAGCAUUCGAAAUUAAGGUUUGGAAAGGCUGUACUCAGUUUGUGGAUGGUUAUGUUCCAUUUUAUGAUGAAAAUAUAUGUAAUCCAGCAAAUUUCAAGUGGGAAAGUUUGAUAAAUAAGUGUCAUUGUACCUGCUCUGUUAAUUAUAGGAAAAUAAAUAUGAUGACUGCAUACAAAAUAA